AUGGGUGGUGGCGGGAUGAAACCAAUAGACAGCGUUGGAGUUGCGAUGCUUAGAAAAGACCUACAAAAGAAUCUACAAAAAUCUAAUCAGCCGACAAGGAGAGCCAAUCCAAUGGCUGCGAGGAGGCCACUAGCCCCCGUUCAGCCGCGUCCAUCUGUUGCACGCCCAAUCGAUACAUGUACGAAAGAUUGGUGGAGAGGUCAACAGGUCGAUAGAUUCCCUCAAUUAAUAUGUAAAAUUCUGAUCUAUACCCCAGAGUUGGACGAUCGAAUCGACGAGUUUGCGGAGAUGGUGCGAGUGCAUUACCAAUUAGAAGAGAUAGGAGACCCUGCCUCUACUAGCGAU